AGAGUAUUUGCAGGGAAGUGAAAAACAUGCCUCGAGUGUGAGCCACUUGUUUGAGGUCGAAUACACUGUGAGUGUGAAAUAGAUGCUUCUCAAGCCAAACCGGGUCAGAGAAGCACCAUGGCCUGUGCCGAUGUCGACAUGGAUAUCCAUGGAGGUGAUGAAAGGCCACGCAUAGCCAUGCAGAGAGAGUCGCUUAUGAUGCGACACUACCAGGCUACAGAGCUCAUGCCAGACAAGGAAGGGCCGCUGCAUGACCUUCUGCAGAAACAACCUGCUGUGUUGGGGUCUCUGCAGUUGGUGAGCGGUCUCCUCAGUGUUGCAGUGGGAAUACUUUUUGCAGUAACCCAGGAUAUGCAACAAUCCCUUUUCACGCUGUUCAGACUUUCCCAACUGACCGGAGCACUUUUCAUCAUUGCCGGAAUUAUUUCCAACCUGUUGUUCAAAUACCCAAGAUUACUGCCUGUGUCCCUCAUGGUCAACUGUGGCUGCAUUAUUGUCGCUGGAGUUUCAGCAUGUCUGAUAACUGUUGACCUGGCUCACUGGAGUCAAGAAAAUGAUCAGCAUUUGAAGCUGGAGGUGCUGGAACUUUGUGUGUUGGCAAUUGAGGUUCUUCUCUCUGUAAUCCUCUGCUUCUGGAUCUAUAAAGAGAAACGCGCCAAAUCACCAUGAUUAAGCAAACAAAGAAGACAUUUGAGAAUUGAAUACUUCAAAUUAAGUGUCUGUAUAUAACAACGGUCGCCUGACUUCUGUAAAAGAAGUGUUAGCACUCUUUGUUUUUUCGCGUGGCUUUUUUUUCCUGUCUCGAUUGCCUUUAUUGGAGCUUAAACCCCUGCUGAACAGCUCUGGGCUGUGGUCUGCGUCUGAUGUUUGACUCGGACUGAGAACACAAGACUUGUGGUAAAUAAAUGUCAGCUUCUCUCAUGUGAAGGAAAAACCACCCUUCACCCUCUUCGUCUCUCUGUGUAACGCUAGUAGGGGGCCUCAUAGUGUUGCUCUGUCGGUAUAUGUGAGGAUGUCUGUGUGGUUUGACACUGCUCGGUUAUCUGUGGAAAUAUCUGCAAUGUGUUUUUAGAUGCAUUCACACUUCCAGCUGCUUUAAACGUACAGAACGCUUAACAGAACAAGGAGGUAUUUGUGUGUUAUUGGCAUUAGCCACUGGUGGAAAUACUUCAUUUUAAGUAAAAAAGGCAAAGAAAUGAUUACAACAUGUUUUAAACAUUUUAAUCACCUGUACAAACUUGUCAUAACAGAAGACUGGCAAUAAAAGAAAGACAUUGUCUACAUA